UGUUUCUCUUUCACUCUGCUUCUGUGUUCUGUUUUUCUCUCUCUCUCUGAAUUGAGCAUUCGAAGCUAGCAUCAAUGGCUGAGCUACAAAAGAAGGCGGAAUCUGACACCACUCCGGCUCCAGUUGCUGCUGUGCCACCACCAUCAAACGACGCCGUAGCCAAGAAAGCUCCGGAGGUGGCGGCAGAUGAUUCCAAAGCUCUUGUUGUUGUACCUGAGAAGACACCAGUUCCUGAAAACAAACCAAGCUCAAAAGGAUCCCUCGAUAGGGAUGUUGCUCUGGCAGAAUUAGAGAAAGAGAAAAGACUGUCUUAUGUGAAGGCAUGGGAAGAAAGUGAAAAAAGCAAAACAGAGAACAAAGCUCAAAAGAAUCUCUCUGAUGUUGUUGCAUGGGAAAACAGUAAGAAGGCAGCUCUUGAAGCUCAACUGAGAAAAAUUGAGGAACGAUUGGAGAAAAAGAAAGCAGAAUAUGGUGAAAAAAUGAAGAACAAGAUAGCCUUAGUUCACAAGGAAGCAGAGGAGAGGAGAGCCAUGAUUGAAGCCAAGCGUGGUGAAGAUCUUCUCAAGGCAGAGGAAUUGGCUGCAAAGUUCCGUGCAACUGGAACCACUCCAAAGAAGCCAGUAUUGGGAUGCUUUUGAAAUUUUUUGAACUUGUGUUUGAUGUCCAAAUCAAAUAAAUUUGUAAUUGCAAAUUUUGUAUGUAUUUUCCUGUUGUUUUGUUCUCACUAUUGUUUGUGUGCAGAAAAAGAAGAAAACAAAAUAGUCCCCAGAAAAACAAAUUUUUUUAAAUGCUUUAUGUAAAUCUAUCUUUCAUUUGGA